UGGGACUACUUUUCACUAACUAAUACGAUUGCCAGAUUCUAACAACUAGUAUAGCAUUUAUUUGAAUAUUAGGAUUCUUUAAAAAUUAGGAAGGACCUCGUUUAAUUCCAACACCAAUUAGUUUUCCAACUACUGAUGCAUUAUAAAUUAUUUCAAUUUUCUUAUAAACCUGACUCCUUCCCUCUCUCCCUCUCUCCCACCUUCUCACCGCCCGCCGUCUUACCGGCCGCCGCCUACCUGUUAUCUUCGAUUGUUGCCCAGCCAGUUCCACCUUCUCACCGUCGUUGCGAUUAGGUUUUGUGAUUUGAUUUUUGUAAUACUAAUGAAUUGGACAUACUCUGCCCAUUUCUCAGCUUAAAAAUAUGGAUCCGGAGGCUGCUCGAGCUGCACGAGAAUCUCUAGACCUGGCGUUCCAUAUGUCCAAUAUACUUGACACGGGUCUAGACCGUCACACACUUUCGGUUCUAAUUGCACUUUGUGAUCUUGGAGUCAAUCCAGAAGCACUUGCUGCUGUUGUCAAGGAACUAAGAAAAGAGAAGCCCUCGUUAUCAUCAUCACUUCCUGAGGCUCCUUCUUUUCCAUAAAUAAAUAGAUUUUUUUGUUAGAUCUCUUCUAUGUGUGCUGAAGUUCUUUGAUCCAUCCUGUAUGUGUGUUCCUCAUCUGGUUCAUUGAAUUGCUUUGCUAUGUGACCUUCAUUUGGUGUAGUGGCAUUGUUUUAGUACAAGGUUGAUGCAUUUGAAGGUUUAUCUUUGAGAUUAAAUUUUCACUUGGCCAAAAGAGUGACCUCCAUUCAUGCA